AUGGAUAGUCCAGAUAAAUUCAGAGCUUUAAAAGCAGAAAAACAAGUAGAGAGACUAGAAAGAGAACUUGAACUUGUUCGCUCUAAAAAAGUAGCAAGUUCAAACUUGCGCGAUACAGAUAAGCUCGUCUUUCAACUACAGGAACAAGUCAAAGACCUGAAAUAUCAAUUAAAACAUCAAUUGUCUGAGAACAGCAAGUAUCAAGAAACACUCAGUACACGAACAAAUGAAUAUGAGGAAAAACUAAAGCGAAUGAGAGAAAUCUUUGGCCAGGCAUCUAGAAAUAUUGAUCAAUACCGUGCUACCAUUGCAUCCAAAGAUACAGACAUCGAUAAGCUAAAAAAUGAAUUAGAAGAAUGUCAAAUAAGAGAACAGUCUUUUAAGUCAUUAUCUGAAUCACAACAGUUAUCCAUAGAAAAGUUAAAUACAGUCAUCACAAGUGAAAAGACAUUUUAUGGAUCAGAAAUCAAACAAUUGGAAGCCAAGAAUAGACAAUUAGCCAAUCAACUCCAAUUGACCAAGACUGACUAUGAACAAUACAAAAAGAGAGCGCAUGUAUUAUUAAAUCAGGAACAGAAAUCAGAUCAAAACAGACUGAAUGAGUUACAAGAACUUGUUGAGCAAUUACAGGCACAAAGGAUAAAGCAUGAGUUGGAACAACAAGAAAAGGCAGAACAUCAGCUAUUAUUAGAACAUGACCUAAGAAAAGCUAUUGACCGCAUUCAUGAGCUAGAAAAACAACAUGGUCUAUUGACAAAACAGUCUGAUUUAAAGCAAAAAUCUAUACAAGAAACCUUUGAGAUUGAAAGACAACAUUAUGAAUCAAAAUUACAAUCCUUGAAUUCAAUCAUUCAGCAAAAAACAUUUGAGUUAGAUCAUCGCAUCACCAUUCAACCAGAACAGAGGCCGUCUCAAGAACAACAAGAGCGUAUAGACAAACUAGAACAAUUGAAUCAAUCAUUACAACAACAACUGGUAGCCAAGGAAAAUGAAAUUCAGACAUUGCUAGUCUCUACACCUAGUUCGCCUAAGGAAGAAGAACAUAUCUUGCCAUUACCUAAUGCUUCGUCCAAGAAAGAAUUUCAAGAUGUUUAUGCUUCCAUGAGUUCAUUACUUUCCCCUCUUGUGUCACGUCAAAUACCGGAUGAACGGAUGGGGUUAGAAAAGCAAGUGCAGCGUCUAAGUCAAAUGUUACAUGAAAGUGAAGAUAAAGUCAUGGCACUCAAACACCAAGAAAAAGUGCUUAAAGACGAAUUAAGGAAAAUGGAUGGGUUUGAAAAGAGACAGGACAUGAACAAUGAAUACCUCAAAAAUGUAUUGAUCAAGUUUCUUUUGUCUGAUAAUAAACCAGCAAUGGUGCCUAUCCUUGCUAAAUUACUAUGCUUGGAUGAGACAGAAACAAGUAACUUGAUGUCAAAUUGCAUAUAA